AUGAAAUCCUUUCUCAGUAACCUUUUCAAAAUCAAUUCCACCUCCACAACCACCACUUCCACCUCCACCACCGGAUCCUUCACCACCACUUCCACCGUUCAAUCCAAUCGCAAUCAUCAUCACCACCAACGAGCUUCUUCCUUCAUUGACCACAAAAAGACCAAACAUUCCAAUCCAUCCUUAGAAAAUGGAGCUCUCGAACAACAACAACAUUCCUCUCCACUCAAACGAAAGAGAAAUUAUUCAAAUGACACUCUCCAUGACAUGUUGGAAUCGUAUUCUCCACGAUCAGAAUCUAUUGCAAGUUCGUUAACGACUCGUGGUGGUGGUGAUGGUUGUGAUGGUAAUUGUGAAAAAUCUCUCUUGAAAACUCCAACGACUCCAGAUCGAUCCAAACAACUCAAAUUGACUCCACCCAAUGAGAGAGGAGUGAGAAGACAAGAUUCAUCCAUUAUUGAGGCGUAUAAUCCAAUGCAACAACAACAACAAGGUGGAAAUAGAUCCUUCUCGUCCAGAAAAUCCUCUUCAAUGAUGAAUCCGUUGGGAGUGUCAGAUGUCAAGGGAAUGGAUAAGCAUGCUCGAGAACAAAACAGCCUCAACAACAAUAGUCAAAACUUGAGCGCUUCUAAGCAUGUCCAUGGUCGUUCCAUGUCCUUAAAAUUCCUUCCUGGACAACUUUUAGGUAGAGAAGAUGCUUCAAACUCUUCUUUACAAUCACCUCGUUUACCUUCUUCUCCAACGACUUCAACCAAACAACAAACCUCACCUGCCAGAUCGAAUUCUAUCAGUUAUAAUCCAUUGGAACAAUUUCCACAGGCAUACAAAGGUUUGGAACCUUUUUGUAUCGAAGCCUCACUUGCCAAAUUAGGUAAAAAGUUCAACGAAAUGAUUUACAAGCAAACAGAAAGUUGGAUUCAAGCUUCGAAUGGAGAAGAAGAGUUUAAGAAUGCGAGUACCAACAUGAAAUUCACGAGAGACUUACUUCGAAUGUCUCACUGUAUGAGCAUCGAUCAAUUCGAACCUGUCAAUCCGCAACAAGCGCACACACGAGUUCUCUCUAACACCAAUUUGUCCACUUUACACACAGAUAAAUUCAAGAGAAUUCAUGAUUUUUCUCAAAUUGAAGAUCCCACUUUAAGAAUGAUUGAAAUUAUUAAUGCCACUCAUCAUCUCUUUGAAAAGUCAGAUGCCAACAAGAAUGGCGGUAAAUUCUGCACUCUUGAGUGUUAUCAAGACUUGACGAAUACAUUCCAAUCACAAAAUGUUCAACCCGAUGAUUUGGUCAAUGUUUUUAGAACCUUGUGUGUGAAGAGACAACGUCAUCAACCAGCUGCUGCCUCAAGUCAAAUGUCAUCCGAAACAACAUCAAGCACGCACCAUCAAAGAACGAGUUCUUUCAAUGUAAUCACACCACCAGAAGAAAAACCGCAUCCCAUGCUUAAAGUCUUGUGUCUGAUUGAUCAAUCUGUGGUGGUUGGAACAUUGGGUCAAGUCGCUCAGUGCAUCAUGACUCUCAAAAAUAGUAUUUCACAACUUCCUCAAAAGGAAGCUGCCAUUACCAUCGAUCAGUUUAAGGAUAUUCGUGGAACAUGGACGGUGACCUUUAGAGAUUAUGGCGACAAGUUGAGUGUUUUGCAUCAACGAACCGAUUGCAUGUUAACCAAAAAUAAUCCAAAAUUAUUUUCUUCAUCGAUGAAAGGUCCAAUGAACACUUCAAACAACAACAACAAACAAGGACCACCUCGAUCCGAAUUUUUGGAAUUGUUUCACAUUACAUGGCAAGUGGAGUUAUUUUUCAAUUCUCGUGAAAACCCUCAAUUCAUUCAAGCCAUUGAGGUUUCAUUGAGAGACAUUGAUUGGACUUGUUCUGGUUCGAGAGAUCUUCAUGAUGAGAAUUCGACCUUUAUGAUCUUGUCGCCUGAACAGAGAUUUGAAGCUGAAAGAAUUUGUCGUCUCUUCUUCUCUGUGAAGAAUGAGGUGAAACGAUUCAGUGGUGGUAAUCAAACGAGGACGAACUCAGUUCUCACACAACCAGUGAAAUGUCGAAUCGAUAUUAUUCCACCUCAUGUUCCAGGAGUUCCAUUGGUUUCUCUAAGUAAUAGCAGCAACAACAGUAACAACAACACUCAUCACGGAUUAACUUCACCAAGACAAGGUUCAAGUGGUUCCUUGACAAGUCCUCAUAGAAAAGCCACUCCUUCCUUGCGUCUCAAUUAUAAUUGGUUCACCAAAUUAUUCUCUUCCAAUUCAAACUCGUCUCAAGUAGAAGAUGUGUUGGCUGAGUAUGUGGUUCCAACAAGUACUUCUCUGAGAUAA